AUGGAUAACCUCUUGAAAUUAAUUACAGAGGAACUCUAUGGCACAAUACCAUCACAAAUUGUCUUUCUUUUAGCAUCAAGAAAUCAAAUGCAGCUAAAGCAGAUUCAAGUAGCAACAGGACUUAACCUUUCUGACAUAAAAAAUGCCUUGAUUUUACUUAUUCAGCAAAACAUCAUCUAUAAGGAAAACUCUGAAAAACCCAAAAAAUCCCAUUCAACCUCUAACACUGCCACAAAUGGAAUAAAAAAUUUAGCAUCUUCACUUCAGGAAAAAACAGACAAAAAAACAGCCCAAAUUUCGACUUACUCUAUUCAUCCUGAAGAAAUUUUAAGCAGGGUCAGAUUUCCCAGAUUUAUUAAGCUGAUGAAUCAAAAAUUCAAUGAAAAUGGGAUUAUUGAAGAAAUUUUGGAAAAUGGCUGCAUGACUGUAGCGCAGAUGAUAGAAGUUUCACCAGUUUAUAAGAGAAAAGCUGAUAACAACCAUUUGACAAAUUUGAUAAAUUCUUUGAUAGAGAGUGAGUACUUAAUUCCUGUGGAUCCUAAUUUUGAGCUUGGGGAAAAUAUCGAAGUCAAAAAAGAGAAGAAAAACCUUGGAAAGCCGAGGAAAAGAGUGAAAAUUGAUCCAGAAAUUAAAAACGAGCCACAAAUCUCCAGUGCAAUUCCUAGCAGCAGCAGCAAUAAUAGUGUGCAUUAUAGACUUAACUUUCAGAAGCUGAACAGAGAAAUCAUUAGUGAAAUGAUUGGAAAUUUAGCAAACUUUAAAGUGAAUAUAGAAGCAUCAGUGAUAGCAGAAACUCUUUAUAAACUUGGGCCGCAUAGGCAAUUUUCUAUCAAUGAAAUUAUAGAAAAUCUUCCACCGAAGCCAAAAAUAAAUAAAAACAACGUCGACACCUUAUUAGAACAAUUAGAAAGAGCAAAACUCGUUACACUAAUUCCCCCCACUUUAAAUUGGAACAAAAAAUCUUAUUCCAAUUUAAGGUGUUAAUUUUUUUUUAAAAACAUAAUUAUAUUUAAAUUUUUCUAUAUGCAAAAUAUAAAUUGAACACAAUACCUUGAAUAUUAAAUAAUCUAAUAAAGAAAUAAUUAAAUAAAUUAAUCGAUUGAGUGUGAAAAAUGUUUAAAUAGUAUGCUACUAACACUUUUUCCAUUAAAUAGGUCAAAAUUAAUUUACAAAAUUAGUAUUUUCAUCUUUAAUUUUUCAAAAUAUUUUUUAAAAAUUUUUAAAAUUUAAAUUUGAGCACAAUGCUUUGAAUUUUAAUUUAUUUUUAUGGAGAAUCAAAUAAAAUCCUUAAUCGAUUCAGUGCGAAAGCUGUUUAAUAACAUUGAACUCCCAAAAAAUACAAAAUUAACGAUGUUUUGUUUCAAUUUAAAGGGGAGUAAGUUCACAAACAACUUACUCUCUAGAUCUUCCGUCAAUUCGUUCAAUCCUCCAAAAUUCCACAAUAGAAAAAAUUAUUAAAGGCCGCUUUGGCGAUUAUCAUUCCCGUAUUUUCCGUGUUCUUAUUGCCAAGGGCUUGCUUGAUGAAAAAACCAUUUCAGAGCUAACUUUACUUCCUCCUCAAGAAGCUCGCAUUUGUAUAAACGACCUAUUUACUUCAGGAUUUUUGCAUUUAGUGCAGCUACCUACCUUAAUGGUUUAUGGAAUUAAGCCAGAACAAAUUAAGGAGGAAUUAACAAACCAAUUAUAUAUUUCAAUGCAAAAUCUUAAGCUUAGGCUCCACAGUGAAAUGGAAGAAGCUUGGAAUUUGGUUCAAAGGGUAGGAUCACUGACUAAUGAGGAGAAAUCACAAUUAGAAAGGUAUAAGCAGACAGAAGCUAGAAUAGAGAGCGCACUGCUAGAUAUUGAUAGAAGUCUUUUAAUUUUUAAAGAAAUUUAA